AUGGCCGGCAGUAAUUUCUCAGAUUACAACGAACUUAGAUUACGUAUCCCAGUAUCUUCAUCUUUCUUGCUAAAGAAGGAACUAAAACUCUAUAACACCAUGGCCAAGAACGCUUCAUUGUUUGUGAAGAUGGCAGCAGUACUCUCACUUUUCCUGAUGCUCAUUGUAUUGUCAGAAAGCAGAGUCACCCUAAUCGAUGGUGUCCAGAAGGCAAAAUCAGCCCUUGUGUGCAGCCAAGUUGUCGGUGUUGAAGCUGGCGAUGAUUGCACCAUCAUUAGCAAAGAGUUUGGGAUGAGUUUGGCAUCGUUUUUGGCAAUUAAUCCCAACAUCAAUUGUGAAUCGGUCUUUGUGGGUCAAUGGUCUCUUAUCAACUUUGUUCACUCUCCCAAUGCUUCUGCUAGGCAAAUUUGGCUCAACAUCAAAGCACUCUUCUAUGAAAACAUCCAUGCCACGACCCUCCAACUCGAAAGCGAACUCAUAAAUAUCUCAAUGGGGGAUUUAUCGGUUCAUGAUUAUUGCAUCAAAGUCAAAAAGAUUGUUGAUCUAUUAGAAAGACUCGGCAAACAGGUGAAGGAAAACCAUGUUGUCAUUCACGCUAUAAAUGGUUUGUCUGGUAAAUUCGAUACACACCAAACCUUUCCUCACUUUUUCAUAAAUGUGAUCAUCACACACGUACUCCGUCUCUGUGUCAUGUUGGAAACUAGUCAUCAAACCACAAUAGUGGUAGCUCCAACAGCUAUCGUAAGAAUGAAAGACGGGACCACAACACCAAUUACAAUAACCAUCGUCGUCAACCACAGUCGCACCACCUCCAAGAAAUCGCUAUGGGUGGGUAUAUUUUCCACCACCGACACAUGCUUCAAAUCCCUCUUGAACAUCUCAUCCGUCGAAUCAUCCAACAAUAUGGGUCAUGCACAUAACAACAAUAAUUUCAGGUUAGUUAUUCCUAAGGACAACCUAAUUCAGCUUCAAAUGGAAUCCUUGGAAUUCAACCAAUACAAGCCUACCAAGCAGUCCACAAGCUUUUGUGCAACCCAACAGUCCUGA